CCGACCUCCUAUGCGAACGCGUAGGAAAACAACACCUUGACUUAGGACAAACGUAGGAGAAAUCUGCUGAGAAAUCGGAAUGAAUCGCUGUACAAGGAUGGCUACCUCAAGUUACUGUAUGUUAAGAAGAAAUCUCAGUUACAGUUUAACAAACAGAGCGAUAUUAAUGCAACAGCUGCGACGUUGGUAUCAUCCCCCUCCAGCCAUAGCAGCCGACUUUCAGGGUUUGCUUGUGGAUCUGCGCUCAGACACAAUAACAAAACCAACAUUAGGAAUGAAAAAAGCUAUGAUGGAUGCACUGCUUGGGGAUGAUGUCUAUCGUGAAGAUCCAACCGUCAAAGAGUUGGAGAGAAGAAUGGCCAUUUACACAGGGAAAGAAGCUGCUUUAUUUGUACCUUCAGGAACAAUGGGAAACCUCAUAGCUGUCCUGGGCCACUGCGAGAAUCGAGGGUGUGAGGUGCUCUUAGGAGAUCAGGCACACAUAUUCUUAUAUGAGCAGGCUGGCAUGGCACAGAAGUUAGGUGGUGUGCAGCCUCACAUUAUACCCAACCGACCUGAUGGAACAUUUGAUGUCAGUGAAAUACCUGCCCGAGUUCGAGAUGAAGAUGUACAUUGUCCACGAACAGCCCUCGUGUGCAUUGAAAAUACCCAGAAUGUUUGUGGUGGGAAAGUAAUACCAUUAUCAUGGAUAGAUCAGGUUGGCAGCAUAGCAAAGUCCUUAGGUAUUCCCCUUCACAUGGACGGAGCUCGCUUGAUGAAUGCUGUGAUUGCAAGUGGGGAAAGUGCUCCUCGGAUUUUGCAAGCCUGUGAAACUGCAUCUAUAUGUCUGAGCAAGGGCUUAGGGACCCCUGUAGGAUCUGUGAUUGUGGGCAGUGAGGAGUUUAUGUACAAAGCAUUACGUCUUCGUAAAGUUUUGGGAGGCGGUAUGCGGCAAGCUGGAAUGCUGGCGGCAGCAGGACUUUAUGCUAUAGAUAACAUGAUAGACCGUUUAGCAGAUGACCAUAGACAUGCCCAGCAGCUGGCACAAGCAAUUCAUGGUAUGGGAAGCAGAUCUGUGAAGUGUAGCCCAGCUGAAGUGCAUACAAAUAUUGCAAUAGUACAUCUAGCUACAGAUAUCAUAACCCCGGAACAAUUCUGCAAGAGAUUGUUAGCAGUAGGUGAAGGAGAGAUUUCUGAAAUUGGGGAAGUGGCCAUCAAAGUCUUGCCUUGGACUUCGGACUCUGUGCGUUUCGUGACACACUUUGACGUAAAUAGUGAGGGUAUUGAAGCUGCAGUCUCAAAGCUCAAGUAUGUUAUAGGCGAGAUUGAUAGUCAGUUGGAUUAGGCCAGAUGAAGUGAGUGACAUUGUUGUUCUUUAAGAGACUUAGGAAAGUAUACUAGGCAUAGUAAAUAAUGAGACAGGUUAUUUGGACAGUCACUAGCUAACAUUCAUAGAUGUAGAUAGGCAUAAGAUGUUUCAUUCUAAUUAAGAUUUAACAUGAAUUUACAUGAAUAAAAAGAGGUAUUUUUGUAAUUAUAAUACAAAAAGAUGUAUUUUUUUAUAAUGAGGUGUAUGAUAUUCUCUUGGUAUAUAAAAAAAAUAUAUAUAUUACAAUAUUGAUAAGUAAUAUUAAAAUUGUAUAUUAGAGUUUCUAAUGACAGAAAUUUGCUUUGUUGAAAAGGUUCUCAUAUGAUUUUUCUGGUCAUUGCAAUAAAACUAUUGUGUGCCAUUGUUGUUUAGCAUUAUUUAGGAGUAAGAUACUAUAGAAAAUAUCUGAUGUUAAGGUAUGUUUCUAAGUGUUCAGAAUAAUGUGUAUAUAUAAAAUGUGUAUGUGAGAUGAAGAAUUUUGAAGUGAAAUGAAUCAUAUUCCAUAUUUUGUAUUAGAAGAAAAUGUACUUAAAUGUACACAUGUUUUUCAUUUCACAUUCAUUUGUCCUGGUCACAGUUUACAAUAUAUUUUUGGCUCUGUGAACUUCCACAUUU